AUGGCACCUCUCCUUCAGGCGAUGCAAGAAGGCUGCUGCUGUCCUGGCAUUGGCGCACUCUUCUGGAGAUCUAGGCGUCAGUCCGAGGCCCCGAGCCAGGCGGCAGGAUCUGGAGGUGGUGUGAAGGAGGCGUCUCCCGCUGAUCGACCUGCAGAGGAAGCUGCCGAGCCCUCCGAGCCCGCCAAGGAGGAGCCGGAGUCCAAAGCCGAGGUAGCCGUCUACAGCCUCCGGGACAAGAAGGCCCUGCUGGCGUACUGCCGGGAUGCCAAGGUGCGCCUCGUCCGCGCCGACUUCCUCCGGGAGCUCCUGGCAGAGGGCCGCACCAUGCCCCGGCGCCAGGAAGCCGAGGGGAUGCGGACGAAGGACGGCCGCCCGGCCCUGCUGGCCCAGGAGGAGCUGGAGGCGAAGCUGCCGGGCGGAGGGGUGGGCACAACGCACCGCUUCUCGGUGAUGGCUCUUUCGCACUCGUGGGAGAGCCGCGAGAUCCCGGAUGUGGCCAGGUUCCAGCUGCGAGUGCUGGUAGAAGCACUGGACACCUUCGCGAAGAUCCUGCAGAAGAUCGCCCCGGCCCAGAACCUCGCCAAGGACUGGGAGGCGCAACUGGGCACUGUAGGGAAGGUCAUUUCGCAUGUGCGAGUGGAGCCCUGA